AUGUUUCACAAAAACUGGACUCAUGGAAAUGUUCGUGAUCAAGGUUCCAGAGACAUGACAGUGGUGACAGGUGGCGACGACAUCAACCCCAGACCACGGAAGCUGUCAAAGAAAGCCGACUCAUUUUUGGCAACGCUCGGCAAUACAUUUCCAGCUGCUUUAGUGCCUGAUGAUCUGGCAGAGGCGUUUAAACAUAAUGCCAACGAGCGUCUUAGGCUGGCAAAACAACAAGGCAUCAAGCUAGAAGAAAUCUACAUCGGCGAGGACUGUCUUCCAUCCUGGCGCACUCUCUAUUGGGACCCAACGGACAAGUCACUCCACAGCGCCAUCCAAGAGCGUCUGCUUCACCUCCAGCUUGCGCAAGAUCUAGGGGAUUUGCUGCAGAGAGAACUACGAAUCAAGAGCAAUCAAAAACUACGACAGGCUUAUGAGCUGGGCGUUAAAACUGAAGAUAUAAGUGUUGGUAAAUCGCUUCUACCAGAAUGGAAUAUCCGGGACACUGUUGACCCUGAAGACCUUACUCUUUCUGAAUCUGACGAAACAUUGCGUGGCUCAACAAGCGGCGAAGAUACUCAAGAGACCCAGCAGCAUGCGCUUGCUACUACUCCCGAGCCUGUCGAAACUACCGUCUCGCAGCCUUCCGACCCUGAGGAUCCGGCCUGGUUCAAGGAUGUCGCCCCCAAGCACAUGUACGAUAGCGAUGGGGAAGAGAACGAGGAUAAUGAAUACGACGACAUAUACAUGAAUAAUCAUGUUUCAGCCCAACCCUUUUAUGAUGAGAAUGGCCACUCUAAUAUUGUGCACGACGUCGAGAUAGUCGGUGGCUCUGGCCAAGUUGUAAAUGUGGAUUUGGAAGUUUACCUGGCCGUGGAUGAUGAAGAAUUUGAUGACUUGCCAGAAGUGGAAUUGGCCAUAAACAAGAACGCAUUUGAGAAGGAAUUUGGAGAUCAAGGUGCGGUGGACGUUUAUGUGCCGGAUAUGAAGAUGUUUUGCUUGGACAGGUUCGAGGAAGGUGAGGAACAUGUCCGUGACGCAGAUCAAGAAGAGAAUGAGAACGUCAUACUACCAGAGGGGCCACUUCAGAACGUCGAGCCAGAUAAUGGUGACGACAUGGAGAGCGGAGAUGAGCAGUUGGACAGCAUGGAGGUGUAUGAAUUUGGUAGCGGUUCAUCGGACUCGGAGAUGUAUAGCGAGGAGGAGUGA